UGUUUAAUCAUUAAUCUCGGGGUUUCUCAUCAAACUGAUGAGUUUUACGAGGUAAAAGAUCAACAUGUAAUGACGUAAAUCAUCAGGGAGAAGUCAGACGAACCGCAGUGUCUCUCAUCUCCAGAAGAGUUCCGUGGGUUUAUCACAACAGUUUUUAGUUUGUUUACAUCCGCGAUGUUUUGCACGCUUCACAGAUUGGUGCGACCCGCACUGAGACGUCAGCUGCUGCCCGCUACCUUAGACUCUCAUCCAUCCAGCAGACACACCGUGCAGGUACGGGCGAAGACCUCCGCAAGUUUCCGUUUACUGGAAGACUGCCUCGAGCUCAACUAUGACGGGAAGCCGAUGCAUUUCAACUACGUGUGGCUGCGGGACCACUGCCGCUCCGCCUCUUCCUACGACCCUGCAACCCACCAGAGGAGCGUGGACACGGGCAGCAUAGAUCUCAGCAUCCGGCCUGACAGCGCCGCUGCGGAGGACGACCUUAUCACGCUGACGUGGCCCGGUGGUCACCAGUCACAGUUCAGCUUCAGCUGGUUAGCAGAGAACAGCUAUGAAGAGAAGAAGCGGGCCACUGUCCAGCCUCGGAUCCUGUGGAACGCAGACGUCUAUAAGAAUGCAAACGUCCCAUCUGCCAAAUGGGACCGGUUCAUGAGCUGCGACAGCGAACUGAAGAGCUUCCUGCAGAACUACCUUCUGUACGGGAUCGCGUUUGUGGACGACGUCCCGACUACAGUAGAAGCCACUGAAUCGGUCACACAGAGGGUCAGUGUCAUCAGGGAGACGACAUACGGGAGAAUGUGGAACUUUACAUCAGAUUUUUCCAGAGGAGACUCCGCCUACAGUCAGCUGGCUCUGGACCGUCACACUGACACCUCCUACUUCCAGGAGCCAUGUGGAAUCCAGGUUUUCCAUUGUCUGAAGCAUGAGGGCACUGGAGGAAGGACGUUGCUCGUGGACGGGUUCUAUGCCGCCGAGAAGCUGCGCCAGCGCUCACCUGAAGACUUCGAGCUGCUCGCCCGAGUGCCCAUCAGCCACGAGUACAUUGAAAACACAGAGGGUCACCGAAACCACAUGAAGGGCAUCGGCCCCGUGCUCAGUAUCUACCCCUGGAACAAUGAACUCUACUUGAUGCGAUACAACAACUAUGAUCGAUCAGUAAUAAACUCUAUCCCCCACGGUACUGUCCGGCGCUGGUAUGAAGCGCAUCGAGAGCUGACCGCAGAACUACGGCGUCCGGAGAACGAGCUCUGGAUCAAACUGAGUCCGGGCAGGGUGAUUUUUAUAGACAACUGGAGGGUCCUGCAUGGGAGGGAGUCUUUCACUGGCCUGAGGCAGAUGUGUGGAUGUUAUCUGACCAGAGAUGACAUCCUCAGCGCCGCGCGUUGCUUCGAUCUGCAGGCGUAAACACGGAGGUCCUUUUCAUCACCACGCCUUAUCAGUCAGCCUUUAAUACAGCUAGUUACAUUUUCUCUGAGCUUUCCUCACUCCUGGAACAUGCUGUCUUAUACUCAUCUGACUUUUAUCAUUGGAAUUUAUUAUUAUUAUUAGUAGUAUUUGUUGUUGUUCAUUUUUAGGAAUUUUUCUACAAUUUUUAAAGUGCAGAUAUUUGAUUAAAAACUACUGAAAUAAUUAAACAUAAAUCCUCAAAAGACUUGUGUUGUUGAGCUCUCAGAACUGCACGUGUUGGAAUGGAAAGACUCAAAAAGCAGUAAAACGACUGAACGGAGCUGAGCUGACGGGUUGUGCAACAGGCUUAGGGUUCGGCCCUACUGUAUGUGGGUCGUUGUACAAAUACAACGAGCUUCUAAGCAAACAUGCAAGUCACACAGCUCUGAACAUCCAAUACAUUUUUAUGUUAGGAUAUGGACAGUACUUAUAAUAGCGCCACACUCAAAGCGCUUCACACUACAGACAUUCACUCAUGCACACACAUUCACACACUGAUGAUGGCAAACUACAAYAUAGRAUAUGUUACUUUUAAUUCAGCAUAGWUUUAAAUAAAAAGAGUACAUUAAAWACAGUAAAUAAAUAGUAURAAUAAAAUAAAACCUGAGUAUGAUCUUGUUAAUUUAAUCUGAAAACCCACAACAUGCUGUUGCUAUUAAACAUCAUCCAGAGUGGGGGUGGGGUAGUAUUACAGGCUCAGCCUUUUCCUGCUGGRCAUAUAAGGGGCAAGAGAGAGCAAUGUAGGAUGGUUCUGAAAGGCUGGGCGGAGGGAAGAGGAUUUGUUUCCGCAGGGUUUGUGUUGUUGCUUUUAGAGAGGGUUCAGGCCAGUUGUCGAUACGCUGUAUCUGUUUUCUUUUUGCCUAAGAAAGAGGAAUAAAGGUCUGGAAGCAAUCA